GAAUAAAGGAAUUACUUGUAACAUCGGAUAAUCCAGUUCGAGGUACAGGUGGCACUAUACGAAAGUUAUUUUUUAUGGCUGGGAAUUUCAAUACAGAUCCUCAAAAACAGCUUGAUAUGUUGAAGAAGCUACAACCCAAUAAACCCCUGAUGACAAUGGAAUACUGGUCGGGAUGGUAUGAUGUUUGGGGUAGCCGGCAUAAUAACAGAUCUGCACAAAUAUUCGAGGAAGUGUAUGAAGAAAUUCUGAAAUAUCCGUCGUCAGUUAAUAUAUACAUGUUUCAUGGAGGCACAAAUUUUGGGUUCAUGAAUGGUGCAGAGAAUAGAAAAUAUGAUGAAAUAGAAUCAGAUUAUCAUUCGAUUAUAUCCAGCUACGAUUACAAUGCCCCGUUGGAUGAAGCUGGUCGAUACACUGAUAAGUACUAUAUCACAAAGAAACUGUUAGAAAAAUAUAAUACCAUCAAAACGAAAUUACCCGACGUUCCAGAACAAUCAGAAACCACUGCUUAUACUUCUGUCCCUAUUCAAGAACAACUAUCCAUUGAAUCGGCACUAGAAACUCUAACAUCUCUACAGUCCACGAAAUUGUUGCCAAUGGAAAUGUUAAACAUUAACAAAAAUGGUGGUCAAAGCUAUGGAUACAUCGUAUAUCGGAAAAAGAAUCUUCAUAUACCGGCCAAUGGUGUCUUGAGAAUAGAAGGCAGGGUAUGUGAUACUGUGAUGGUUCUUGUAAAUGGGGUUUUGGUGUCACCAUGGUUGCAGAAAAGUGCCGAUUUAAAUAAAUUUGGAACCUCCAGAGUGGAAAAUGGUACACUGGUUCUCUCAACAGUUCAGUUAUCUGGUGCUACCUUGGACUUGGUGGUGGAAAACUGGGGUAGAGUAAAUGUCAGAGUGUACAAACAAUUCAAAGGUAUUUGGCAAGGAGGUGUUUUGUUGAAUGACGAAUAUAUUUCCAAUUGGAUGAUUUUUCCUCUUGAAUUCAAGAAAUCCUGGACCAAUGAGCUGAGUUCAUGGCGAACAUUUGAUAAAUCUGCAACAGGACCAUCGUUGUACAAAGCUUCACUUAUAGUCAACAAUCCAUUAAAAGAUACCUUUCUCGAUAUGAGCAAUUGGACAAAAGGAAUUGCUAUGGUGAAUGGCUUUGUUUUGGGUAGGUACGCUAGAAUGGGUCCAAUUCAGACAUUGUACUUACCUGCACCCUUUUUGAAACAUGGGAGAAAUGACGUCAUUAUUUUUGAACAUUUCAAGCCACAUUCUGAGAUAUCCUUCACUGAAGACCACAUAUAUUCUUCUCAUUGAUUUUGUCAAAUGUUCUAUUAAAUGAAUGGUUUGUUAGAGA